AUGGUUCAGUUCUGGAUCUUCAGCACUGAUAGUAUUCUAGAUUUUCCAGCGCCACUAUUUGGAUCGUACGAGGCAUGGAAUCUCGAUCGGAGUAUCUGCGUCGACCGAAAUUCUCGAUAUGCGGCGUACGGCUACACAGAGGAAGGCAACAAAGGGCAGUGGCAAAAUGUGAAUUGGGCCACUUUGCAACAAGACUGCUUGCAGCGCAAUGCAGACCGGUAUCAACCUUCGAAUAUUCGCCAAAAGACAUCGACUUUGCACAAGGAGCAAGAUAAAGGAACAGAGGACCAUCAUUGGAGAGAGAAGACAGAGACAGAUCGAAAUCGUACCUCUGCCAUCUUCAAAACACGGACGGCGGUAGUUUUGCGCACAUGGCUCGACAUGGAAUACACGGAAGAUGAUCUUUAUUAUAUCCGAUCGAUUAUAAUGGAGCUGGCGCUCUUAUCCGGCGGGGAAUACGAGGUGAUCCUCUUGGUUGAUGCGAAAAAUAUCGAACUUCCUCAUCCCACGGACAAGGCGGGCUUGGACAAUCUAAAAAAGUCUCUUCCGCGGGAGCUCCAGGAUCUGGCAGUGUUCUUCAACUCGGAGAUACUAAAAGACUGGUACCCGAAGAUUGAUGUUCACGAAGCUAUACUUCAAUACUUCCAGCCAAUGCAGAUUUUCUCGCGAUUGAAUCCACAAUACGACUUUUUCUGGCAGUUUGAGAUGGAUUCACGUUAUACAGGACACUUCUAUAACUUUCUCCAACAGGCAACAGAGUUUUCAAGACAACAGCCUCGCAAGAAUCUGUGGGAACGUAACUCUUACUUCUACAUCCCCGCUGUCCAUGGCAAAUGGGAUAAUUUCACUGAUCAGGUAGACCAGAGCAUGGCAGGAGUUCAUAGUAUCUGGGGACCACAGCCAGCAAAAGGUAUCGAGGUUGGGAAUGAAGCACCAGAGCCACCGCGCGCAGACCUGGAAGAUGAUUCUUGGAGCUGGGGCGUGGGCGAGGAAGCUGACGUGAUUACCUGGCUACCUCAAUUUGACCCUCAGCACACCGAAUGGCCUUUUGCAGACCGAGUGUUUAAUUUUCGCCAGAAGGGACGUACUCCGCGCCGGGCAUCUGUUGUCGCGAUGUCCCGUGUCUCAGCCCGAUUGUUCCGGCUUAUGCAUAAGGACAAGACUGAGAAAGGCCUUGGACUAGCAUCUGAAAUGUCUCCCACCUCCUGGGCUCUUUUUUAUGGGCUAAAAGCAGUUCAAGUUCCCCAGCCCAUUUACCAUGCGCAUGAAACAAAUCCUGUUGAGCUCAAUCUCCGCGCGAAUGCAGGCAAGCCUGGUAAAAUUAGCGCUGGGCGGAAUAGUAUCUGGAACUGGAACCAACACAAUGAUAUUGUCAUGAAAAUGUCUUACAUGUUCGGGUCAGAAUUUCCUGAAAAGAUUUAUCGAGCCUGGUUAGGUUACGACGGUGCAGAGAAGAAUGGGUAUAGUGGUCACCUUUGUCUGCCUCCUAUGUUCUUACACCCAGUGAAGAAUACCAAAAAAUAG